AUGUCACAAACAUUACCUCUAUUCUCCAAGACUCAACUCCAGUCUCAUAACAAAGAGAAUGACGUCUGGGUUUCAUUAUACCAUAGAAAAAUUUAUAAUGUUACAAGUUUUCUAGAUGAACAUCCAGGUGGUGGUGAUUUGAUCUUGGAAUAUGCCGGUAAAGAUGUUACUGAUAUUCUUUCUGAUGAAAUCAGUCAUACUCAUAGUGAAACCACUUAUGAAAUUUUGGAUGAGAAUUAUUUAGUUGGUUAUUUGGCUAAUGAAGAAGAAGAGAAGGAAUUGUUGAGUAAUCCAAAACAUCAAGUUGAUGUUAAAAUUGAUGGUGAAAACGUUGAUAAUUUACAUUCUGAACAUUAUGAUUCUACAAAAUUGGAUGGAUUACCAGAAUAUGAAAAAUUAAACAUUGUCACUGAUUAUUCUCAUGAUUAUAAGAACCAUAAAUUCUUGGAUCUUAAUAAACCUUUAUUACUACAAGUUUUGUUUGGUAAUUUCACUAAAGAAUUUUAUUUGGAUCAAGUUCAUAGACCAAGACAUUAUGGUAAAGGUUCAGCACCAUUGUUUGGUAAUUUCUUGGAACCUUUAUCAUUAACUCCAUGGUUUGUUGUUCCAAUGAUUUGGAUCCCUGUUGAUUUAUUUAUAUUUUAUGUUGGUUUCACAAAUAUGAAUAAAUUUCUUUCAGUUUUCUUAUUCAGUGCUGGUGUUUUCGUUUGGACUUUAAUCGAAUAUGCAAUGCAUAGAUUCUUGUUCCAUUUGGAUUAUUAUUUACCAGAUCAUUCAAUUGCCUUCACAAUUCAUUUCUUAUUACAUGGUGUUCAUCAUUAUUUACCAAUGGAUCGUUAUAGAUUAGUUAUGCCACCAACUUUAUUCGUGGCUCUAUGUUAUCCAUUCUACAAGUUAGUUUUCAGCAUUUUCCCAUUUUAUAUGGCUUGUUCAGCUUUUGCAGGUGGAUUUUUAGGUUAUAUCAUGUAUGAUUGUACUCAUUAUAUUUUACAUCAUGCUAAAUUACCUUCAUAUCUACAACAGUUGAAGAAAUAUCAUUUAGAGCAUCAUUAUAAGAAUUAUGAAUUGGGAUUUGGUGUCACAAGUUGGUUUUGGGAUAAGGUUUUCGGUACAUUUUUGGAAGUUGGUAAUAAUGCUCAAAAAUUGAGCUAG